GCUUGUCUUGCUUGUCUUGCUUCUUGAGCGAUUUGUUUGGUGCUUUGUGUGUGUGUGGUUGGCAACGAAGAUACACAACACCAACACACACCAGACCACACAACCACCCAUCUGUUGCGAGAUGGCGCUACCGUCGUCGGCGGUGCCGCUGUUUGCGUCACCUGCGCGGCACGAAGCCGGUGCGAGGUCUGCACUACGUUCCACAGCACCAGCACCAUCACAACAACAGCAACCGCAGCCGCAGCAGCUGUCGCCGCGAGCAAGGGGGACAGGCACCAAUGCUGGUAGCAGCACAUGGACGACGGCGGAGCUGAAGCGACGGGGGCAGCCCGCCACCGUCGAACGCAUCCCGCAGUCACUCCUUCAGGCCUCAAAGGCUGCUGGCUCUUCAGCCCCAAAGCAAUCGCCACACCAACACCACCAACAACGGGAUCACCAGCAAGAACACCACCAGCAUCAACACGAACAACAAGAACAGCUGUCUCUGUCUCGACCAGUGCAGUUCACGCAUCAACAGCGGCGGCUGUUCGCACACCCCGGCGUCGUUGAUGCCAGCAGCACCAGCAGCAGCACCACUGCCGCCCCUCUUGGCAGGCCCGGGUCCGGCCGUAGAGGAUGGACCGAGGGCCGGCGGCCGCAGUACUCGCAGCGCGGUGUUGCCGUUGGUGCGCCGGCAUCGAGCGGGCCAUCCGCUCCAACACGGAGCAAGUCCAGCACGUUGCAGGUGCCCCUCGAUGCGACGAGCAGGGUUACCUCCGCCAGCGCACGCAGCGACAUGAGCAUCUCCUUGUUCUCUGACACCGAAUCGCCGUCACAGUCCGCAACACAGCAGCCGACGCGGGCCGCAGAUACGCUUGGGCGGGCGCUUGCACACUCGCGCCACAAGCGACUGCACCCACCAAAGACGCCACUGCAUGAGAUCAUCAAGGUCGAGCUUGGGCAGAUUGUUCAGUCCGCGCAGUCCCGCCAUCACCUCAAGUCUGGAUCCCGGCCCAUCACCAGCGAACCAAGCGUCUCCUACGUUCGCGUUGCGACGUGGACGCCUGAGCUCAUCCAACAGGCAAUUGAGGACCAAUCAAACGAGCACGAUGUUGUUCGCCAGCGCGGCGUCACGCUGACGGAGGGUGUUGUGGACGCAACCAUCCGCCCACCGCCACAGGACGUCAUGGAAGGCUUGGAGGCGUGCCUCGAUGACAGGGUGUUCUUGGUAAAGUUCCACGCUGCCGUGUCCUGGAUCUGUCUGCGCGGCCUCGAUGACAAGCCUGUUGCCAUCCUCAGGCGAACAAUGACAAAAGACUCUGGGGCGCUGCGGUGGGCGGCGGCGCGGUGUCUCGCGUCUGCAGACGACAACCACCCGACGACGAUUGAUGCUCUUGUUGAGCACAUUGCCAGGCGCGACAGCGAGCACCACGCAGAGGCAUACACGCUCCUUGUACAGCUCGCACACCGCAACCCAGACGUCAUCGUGUACGCGACCAACCUGCUGACAGAUGACGACUCGAAGGUCCGGCGUGCUGCCGUGCAGGUUCUGCCCUCGCUCGCCACGUUCCUGCCAACCGACCUCGCACACAAGCUCGUCACCAUGAUGUGGGACGACUGGGACACGGACGUGCGGGAUGCGUGCUUCACCACGCUGACAUCGGCUGGCCACACCCACCUCGUGUACGACUCGCUGGAGCUGCGUCUCACCUCCACCGCAGACCGCGUUCGCUGCGAUGCCCUCAGGAAGAUUGGGCACCUUGGCACGUAUCCGCGUCGCAUCCAACCGCACUUCCUCAACUGUUUCCGCGAUCCGUACGCGAGCGUGCGGUCGUGUGCUGCUUGGGCCGCCGCUAAUCUCAGGGCCAUUUCGCACUCCAUCGAGGUUGCACUCUACGACCUCGUCGCAAAGGACGAAAACGCAAAGAUCAGACUCGACGGUGUCAACGCGCUUCGCCAACUCCGCGUCAACACGCCACGUCACCAAGGACUGCUCGUCUGGAUCGUGCAGUAUGAGGGUCAGCCUGCGCUGGUGGAGGCGGCGUGCCAGACAAUCAUCGACAUGGACAUGCGUGCGAAUGCAGACCUGCGCAAGGCCGUGCUGUGGAGGUCUGUGAACGCGGAGUCUGCAAUCAUCAGCGAUGUGACGCAGCGGUGUCGGGAAGCGAUGGAGUGGAGCGAGGAUGACGAUAUUGCACGCGAGCAGUUUGAACAGAUUCGCUCCACGCUCGCACAACUCAGCACCAAGGACAACAUUUUGAAGGAGAUCACGGACUCACCACGGGAUCCGCUCGGACUGCGCACGCUCUUCAAACCGAAGAAGCAAAAGACAACAACGCCAACGAAACAGGCUGAACACGAUAAGCCGUCGCGCCAGUCACAAGGGCAGAAGAGGACAUCGAAGAAGGUUGAGUUCAAGGAGCAGAAGUCUCAACAGCCGUGAUGUGACAUGCAGUGCCAUGUUGUGCUUUUCAGGUUUGCAACUCUUCGUAGCUUCACCUCGCUGGCUCUGAUCACCACAGAUGCGCGCACGCACUUGUCCCUGUACAUAUGUGUACACCCUCCUCGAUUUCAAUUGCCCCUUCCUUCAGCAUUGCGUGCGCAAUCAUAAACGCAG